AUGGGGAAACCACGGAUGAUCAUUCUGGUCCGCCAUGCCCAGUCCGAGGGCAAUAAGAAUCGCGAUAUCCACCAAACUACCCCCGACCACCGAGUGAAACUCACACCCGAAGGACACCGCCAGGCUCAGGAGGCUGGACGCCGGCUGCGUGAUCUCCUACGUCCAGAUGAUACUCUUCACUUCUUUACGUCUCCAUAUCGCCGGACGAGGGAGACUGCUGAGGGCAUGCUGGACUCCUUGACUUCCGAUUCGCCUUCUCCCUCGCCGUUUCCGAGACAUGCCAUCAAGGUCUACGAGGAGCCCCGGCUGCGAGAACAGGACUUUGGCAACUUCCAACCAUGUUCGACCGAAAUGGAGCGGAUGUGGAUGGAGCGAGCAGACUACGGCCACUUCUUCUAUCGCAUUCCCAACGGCGAGUCUGCGGCAGAUGCUUAUGACCGAGUAAGCGGCUUCAACGAGUCUUUGUGGCGACUUUUUGGUGAAGAGGACAUGGCCAGUGUCUGCGUCCUUGUAACUCACGGCCUAAUGACCCGAGUCUUUUUAAUGAAGUGGUACCAUUGGAGCGUAGAGUAUUUCGAAGACUUGCGCAACAUCAACCACUGCGAGUUCGUGAUCAUGACCCACAACCAAGAUAACGGCAAAUAUACGCUUCAGAACAAGCUGCGCACGUGGUCCGAUUUAAAGAAGGAAAGAGCUGCCGAGAAAGAGCGUGAAGGUACAGCAAAAGGGCUAGACUCUUCUCCCAUAUCGCCUACAGACCAUAUACCCAUCCGGCGGAGAUGGGGUGGCUGCCCUGAUGGGUGCACCCACGGUUUGACUGGCGAUGUCAAGCGGACCAUGCGAGCGCCCGUGGUGGACUUGAUGCGACAUGAGAAUGGACUUGGACGAAAAUCAGUGGACGAGACUGUUCAUAGCACCCUGCCCGACCAGCCAUCACCUCUCAAGCACGCCUCAACCCAGUCGGAAAGCUUGGAUGGGUCUUUCCCGUUCCCACGUGCAAGUACUCACCAAAAUACGUCUGCUACGUAUAAGCCCCGACUCACACCUGAAGACGAGGAAUCCGUUAGAGAAAGGGCCAUUGGCGACUUGAACUCGGACUCCCGAUCUGAUAACUCCCGCCCAAGACGGCCUAACCUGCAAAGCAUGCACCGAGACAGCGAGGACCACCUCCUGCACCCACCGGCUGUAACAUCAUCCACAGAUUGUCUCAAACUAGCGCUCCUGCAUCUAGGUGGGCGCGACGGGGGCGGCUCCAUGAGCGGUGCGAACAGCCUCGCGCCAUCCGACGAUGAAGGUGACGACCACGACCACCAUAUCUCUCGGUCAAGCACCAUCAAGCAAUCAUCAGUCUCACGCAUUAUACCGCCGUCCCAGGAUCUUGAAGAUGACGGCGACGACGAGCUAAGCGCCAAAAAAACAAAGCAUUCACGCGCACAUCACCGUCAUCAUCAUCAUCACCACCACCACCACCACCACCCGGUUUACACGCACACCCACCACCGCAGUUCCUCAUCAACGUCGCUGCCUCUGCACAGAAUGGCCAAUAUCCUUGGUGACGGAGACGACAUGUCCACUCGAUCGGGCGCCCUGACACCUGACCUUCCGGAGACGCACAACGACAACCAACAGGAAGGAAAUGGGUCUCUAGAAGCACAGCAGCGUGAGGACCAGAGUGUUCGCGGUAGCGUGUACUAA